AUGGUCCCUAGUAGACCAUCGUCCAAGCUCUAUCAGAUUAAAUCCAAGAAAUAUGACGAAUACGGCGCCAGGGUCACGUCCAGUUUUGAUAAGUCUGUAUCACAUGUGUUGAUUGAUCCUGAGUGGGAUGGAUCGCGUACUUUGAAAUAUUUACAUAUUUCAGCUGGGGACAUAAGACCAGAGAUAGACAAAGGUACUAUUCACUUUGUUCGUGAUAGUUGGCCGUCUGCAUGUAUUGAAAACAAGCAAUUGAUUCCUGAAAGUCCUGAUUAUACUGUUCAAUUGUACUCACCUGCCCCAUCUCCAGAAACCACUCCGGAACCAGAGGUCUCACAAAAGCUAGUUCAAACUGUUAUCAGUCCUGAGAAACCUCCUAAGCUUAAGAAGCGUGAUAUUUCGACAUCUUCGAACACUUCACUUUCCCCUGAACCAGAUACCCCGAAGCAGACUGCAAUUGACGAUCUUAAUCCUGUAGAAGCUAGUGGAGCCAAUACCAGUAUUGAAAACAAGGCUGAAAAGAAGGCUCAGGAUGGCUCUGGUAACGAUGAACUGGACUCGGUUAUUCAGGAAGCAGAACUUCAAGAGCACGCGGCGAGAUUUCUCUCGGAUGAUGAGAUUGAGCAUGCGCUGCAGACUCAAAGGAAGAAGUACUCAGCGCCAUACUCGCGUCCCAAGAGGACCAGUGACGGAAGAGUGUUAAAAGGUAACUGGGACACAUUUCUGUGCAUGAAAGCUGGAGAAGACAACAUUGCUAAACCUGAUGGACCAAAUGCCUUGGUUAUCAACAUUUUGAGCUUGAUGCUUCACCAUUAUGAAGCAGAGGGCGAUCAAUGGCGCACUUUGGCAUAUCGAAAAGCAAUAGCGACUUUGAAAAAGCAGACAGUUCCAGUGAGAACGGCUGCGCAGGCAGUUAAACUUCCUGGUAUAGGCAGUCGAUUGGCUGACAAGAUUGAGGAAAUUAACAAGACCGGUGACUUAAAACGACUCAAGUAUACUCAGGGAGAGGGCAAAUUCGAAGUUUUGGAGCUGUUAAAGCGUAUUUAUGGCGUUGGCAAUAAGACCGCUAAUAAAUGGUACAGUGAGGGAAUUAGAACUUUGGAUGACGUAAGAGAACGUAAAGAUUUGACUGCCAACCAACAGACUUCUCUGGACCAUUAUGAGGACUUUGCUGAACGAAUUCCUCGAGAUAAUGUGACAAAACACUUCGAACGAGUGAGAGAUGCAGUCCAUGAAAUAGAUCCAGAGAUCGAGGCAACUGCUAUGGGAUCAUAUCGUCGUCUACAGCCGGAUUGUGGUGACAUUGAUAUUAUCCUAACCAAACGAAACGCCAGUAGACACGACCUGACGGUAACAUUGGCCAAGUUGCUGGAUGUGUUGUUUGAACAAGGGUUUGCCAAGUAUACAUUUGGCGGGAUCGAGGCAAAUAGUAUGCGAUGGCUGGGGGCAUCAGCCCACCCAGAUGACGGCAAUAAAUGGCGUCGAAUGGACAUUUUGCUUGUACCAUGGGAAGAACGAGGUGCAGCAUUUAUUUAUUAUACAGGAAACGAUAUAUUUAAUCGUAGCAUGAGGUUAUUAGCACAGAAAAAGGGAUACCGGCUUAACGAAAAAGGACUAUUUCUGGCACCUCAUGACAGAAAGAGUGCUGGUGCAGUGGGACCACUUGUAUGUGGAGAGGACGAGGAAAAAAUAUUUGAGACUUUGGGAGUCCCUAACCGGCCACCACAUAAACGGAUUAUUGGUUGA